CAGACGCCUACACCAGACCAGAGGCCACCAUCAUGACGAGGGACCAGAAUGGAACCUGGGAAAUGGAGAGUAAUGAGAACUUUGAAGGCUACAUGAAGGCCCUAGAUAUUGAUUUUGCCACCCGCAAGAUCGCAGUACGUCUGAAUCAGACGAAGAUCAUCACUCAAGACGGUGAUAACUUCAAGACAAAAACCAACAGCACGUUCAGAAACUAUGACUUGGACUUUACCGUCGGGGUGGAGUUUGACGAACACACAAAGGGCCUGGACGGCCGGCAUGUCAAGACGCUGAUCACCUGGGAAGGCGACACUCUGGUGUGUGUGCAGAAAGGGGAGAAGGAGAAUCGCGGCUGGAAGCAGUGGGUGGAGGGGGACAAGCUGUACCUGGAGCUGACCUGUGGUGACCAGGUGUGCAAACAAGUGUUCAAAAAGAAGUGAGGGGAAGCCGGGCACGCAUGCGGAGUUCUCUGCCAGUUUUGGAAACCAGCCUGGGGAACCCCCUGCUCCUGACAGAACCCACUUCAGUCACCGGCCUGGCUUUAAACUCGAGUGUGUGAAGGAACCCCACUCCCGCCCCCCACCUUGGAACCUAUUAUUAAAAAAAAAAAAG